AACCUCAAACCCAAAAUUCAAAAUACAAGCGCUCCAAAAAUUCAAAACACAGGUCCACCAAAACGUAUCUUCAGAGAGGUUUGAGGUUGUUCUUUUCUUAAUGGAGACAUCGAAGACGACGAGGGGAGCCGGAGGAAGAAAAGGCGGUGAGAGGAAGAAGUCGGUGACGAAGUCGGUCAAGGCGGGGCUCCAGUUUCCUGUGGGUCGUAUCGCCCGGUUCCUGAAAAAGGGUCGUUACGCUCAGAGAACCGGCUCCGGGGCUGCCGUCUACCUCGCCGCCGUUCUCGAAUAUCUUGCUGCUGAGGUGCUGGAGCUGGCCGGGAACGCGGCGCGUGACAACAAGAAGAACAGAAUCAACCCGAGGCACGUGCUGUUGGCCGUGAGGAACGACGAGGAACUGGGGAAACUGCUUCAAGGGGUCACCAUUGCCAACGGCGGUGUUCUGCCAAACAUCAACCCAGUUUUGCUGCCCAAGAAGAGCAUUUCAACUGAAUCUGACAAGUCCCCAAAGGCCUCCAAGUCCCCCAAAAAAGCUUAAAUGUUCUAUUUUUCUUUUCUAUGUAUAACAGCCUUAGAGGUUGGGAUCCUCUUGCUUUAAUUUUUUUUGGAAGUUUCUGGUGCAUAGAUGUAGUUGGUAAAUUUGAAAUAUCCAAUGGAAAGCUACUUGUUUUCUAACUA